AUGCCCCCCGACUAUCGCCAUGCCCGCAGCUCCAGCAUGAGCAUCGCCAACUCGUCAUCUCGUCCCACCACAUCCGUUAUGCCUCGGAGUCCUCCCAACACGUCCCAUGUCCCCUGCAAAUUCUACCGCCAAGGCGCCUGCCAGGCUGGCAAUGCCUGUCCUUUCAGCCAUGAGCUUGGUGUCGCCUCCGAAACCGUCUGCAAAUACUUCGCCAAAGGAAACUGCAAGUUCGGCCCCAAAUGCGCAAACAUCCACGUCCUACCCGACGGCCGCCGAGUCAACUAUGGCAAAAACGGCUUCACUAUAAUAACCGCUCCUCUCGCCGGCAGCCCUGCCGGUCCGACGUCGCCCAAUUCCGCUGCCAACCACACCUACACCCAGUCCUCCACCAGUGCCCUCACCACCUCGCUAUACGAGGCUGAUCAGUCUGGCUUACCGAGUUACCUCGCCGAGAGCCGCCAGCAGCUUCACGACCAUCACCUCAACCUCGACAACGGCCACUCCUCCGAGGCCCCGUUUGCCUUCCCCGAAAGCUACGGUUCCCCUCGUGAUGGUUUUGCUUUUUCUCCCGCCAAUGGCAAGGGACUCUCUAUCCUCGACGCCCCAAUGCCCGCCUCGUUUGACUCAAACGGCAUUUCCAACGCUGCCCGCUUCCCCGCCGCCCCAUGGCCAUCAUCAGUUCCCUCCAAGUUCGGCCUCGAUUCUCCUUCCGCUUCCCUCAGCAACGCCAAGGACUCUCGCACCUCCGAUACCCUCAAGCUCCUACACAAUUCCGCCUUUGGCUCCUCAGAUCAGUUCCUCGCCAGCGGUAGUCCCCCGAGCUCGAACCCAUUCGGAACGGACGAGUACUUUGGCAAACGAACUAUGCACUCGUCAAGAUAUGCAAAACCCAAGAUGCUCAGCUCUAGCGUACCAAAGACGAGCGUCGAUCAUGAUUGGGAGGCCGGCUUUGCUUUUGGAGACGAAGGCGACAAUGCGCCAGAAAACUACGUUCCAGAGAACCUACAGGACCUCUUGACACCGGCCGAGAAGGCCAGGAGAGGCUCCAUGCGAGGCGAGAAUGACGUCAAUAUAGAGACCCUGUCCAAGUACGGAAGUCCCAUGGCCUCUAGUCCUAGCCGUUGGGGCUCUCUGUUCCAGCGCCAAAAGGAGGAAGAGGAGCUUGCCCGCUCUGCGCGAAACGCUGCGUCUCCUUUUGGCCAUGUUGGCAGCCCUCUGCGAAACUCAACGCUCGCUCAGCAGAUGGGUGGUGAAGCUUUCGGUACCAGUGUACCAGGCCGCCCGUCGUCCAUGAGACUCGGCAGCGACCCUAUGCCUGUCCUUACUCAGCAGUUUCAACGCAGUCGAAUUGACGACGCCACCACCAGCUCCAGCCCCCGCCUGCAUCCUUCAUCGGCGAGGGCCGGUGGCUCCAAUCCGAUUGGAAAAGACCGUCCCAUGGAACGCCAUGUUUCCACUGGCAGCAUCAGCUCCUCCGUCACUGGCCGCUUCACCACGCCCAUUGAUGAGGAGGACCCUGAUUUCGUCUUCAGUAUGGAAGAGGAUGAUCCGGUAGCUGCUGCACGCAUGCGCAAGCGAACUUCCGCCGGCCUCGGUGUGGGUAGCUUUAACAGCUACGCCGGUGCCGUUACGGGCAAGGGUCAAGAUGGGACCGCCAAGGAAAACAGGAACCCGUCAACUAACGGUCGGUGA